AUGAAGAAAAACUUUUCGAUAACUUUCUUCCUCGUGGCUCUGUCACAAUUCAUCACAAUGGCGUUCCUCAUUAUAGGAUGUGUCACCGCUCCUGUUUUCAAACAGAUAGGAUAUUCCAAAUACGACAGCAUCACAUAUGGUACAUUCGGCUACUGUAAAGAUGGUUCUUGCUCCAAGGCAAGCUAUAAUUACAGCCCGGACCAAUUGUCGGACAGUGAUAGCAGCUGGAAGCUCAAUAGCCAUGCCAGGUCCAUACUGGGGAAGAUCAUCUUUAUCACACCCAUUGCUGCCGGUUUGAACUUUUUGGCCUUUCUUUCUACUAUCCUAAGCAUUCUAUUGACGAACGUACUGUCCAGUGAUAGAAUCGGUGGUGCAUCUGCCAUUAUGUUCUUCGUUAACUUAGCGUUGUCCACAUUGGGCUUUUUCUCUGCUUCUUUGAUAUGCAUUGUCGUCUUUCUAUUAUUUUAUCCUCACGUUACCUGGUGUUCAUGGAUUUUAGUACCGGGUGCUGCUUUAUCUUUGCUAGUGGUUCCUCUGAUAUUCUUGGCUUAUUCAAGAAGCUCAUGUUCAAGAGAGGAUGACGAACUGGACGAACUAGAGGAGAAGGGAAUGCUGCUGAACGACCCAUAUCCAGGCUCAGCGGCCGAAAGAUUCAACAUCGAUGCUGAAGGAGAAUUCAGCGCUCACGGAGAUUCAAGAACAAAUUUAUUGAAUAGCAGCUUCAACAACCGUACCAACGCAACGGUACUGCCAAAUAUCAUUCCACGUAACCAAGACUCAAAAUUAUCAAAUGUAACAACGUCCACCACCUCUGACAUCUCCACUUACGAUAAAGAGGCCAAGGAGAUGGGAAACUCAAACGCUUCUGAACUCAAUGACGAAGAAGACGGCGGUAUGGCAUUUGACAAGAGAAAAUCUACAUCUACGUAUUCGGUUAUUGAAAGUGAGAGUGGCCUGGCAAGCGGCAGUAUUCCUAAUAAUUACAUGAGAAGUAACGGCAAUAACUACAAUACGAAUGAUAAAGCGGCACUAAUGAAGAGAGAGAUUUCAGGCAGUCCAUCCUUAGCAUCCUCAGAUUACUCCCAAAGAGACGUUAUUCCCCAUAGAAACCCUUCAAGGUUAUUGAAUGAUAUCAUGGAGACUUCGUUCAAUGAACCAAAUGACAACGGCAUCAAUCACAUGUCUCAAUUUAACGAUAAGGAUAAUCUAACUUCAAUAUCGCAAAGAGGGGUUAAUUUAGAAGCGUACAACCAAACGCCUCAAAUGGUAGGGGGGAUUCCUCCUCAGAACAUGAGGCCUUAUGCUGGUCAACCACACCCAACCCCAUCAAUGUAUCCACAACAACAACAACGACAACGACAACCACAACCACAACAUCAGUAUAAUUUGUAUCAAAGAACUAUCCCUGCUGGUCCAGAUCCUUCUAAUGUCGUUUUACAAAGCAAUCCUUAUUUCAACAUUGGCCCAAGCCAACCACCACAACACAGAAAUCCGGUUCCAAGAUCGGGUUUUGCUCCAAACCCACUACCAAAUCAGGGCCCAAUAGCGCAAGGCUACCAACCUGCUUAUAAGAGGAGAAUGCAGAAUAAGAAUAUGCCCAGAGCCACCACCUCUUUAAAUAAUCCUUAUGGUUUUAGGUAA